AUGAGGCCCCACAACCACCAACUGAAGCACCCACACACCACACUGAGGAUGCCCACACCAAAAAAUGACGACAACCCACAACCCACAACACUUAAAGCAACAAACAACAACAAAUUGGGGCCACCACAAACAACCACAACUGAAGCAGCCACAACCACAACAGAGGCCCCGAGAACAACCACAACUGAAUCAACCACAACAACAACUGAAGCAACAAGAACCACAACUGAGGCCUCUAGGACAACCACAACUGAAGCAACCACAACCAAAACUGAGGCAACUACAACCACAACUGAGGCACCCACAACAACCACAACUGAAGCAACAACAACCACAACAGAGGCACCCACAACAACAACAACUGAAGCUACAACAACAACAACAACUGAGGCACCCACAACAACCACAACUGAGGCCCCUACAACAACCACAACCGAAGAAACCACAACAACAACAACUGAGGUACCCACAACAACCACAACUGAGGCACCCACAACAACCACAACUGAGGCCCCACAACCACAACUGAAGCAACCACAACAACUACAACUGAGACACCCACAACAACCACAACUGAAGCAACAACAACAACAACUGAGGCACCCACAACAACCACAACUGAAGCAACAUCAACAACAACUGAAGUCCUUACAACAACAACAACUGAAGCAACAACAACAACAACUGAGUCACCCACAACAACCACAACUGAAGCAACAUCAACAACAACUGAGGCCCCUACAACAACCACAACUGAAACAACAAACAACCACAACUGAAGCAACAACAACCACAACCGCAACAAACAACAACAACUCUGAAGGCACCCACACAAAAAAACGCAACUGA